UUCCGCUCAGAGUAGGCCGGAUAUGAUGUCGAGUGACGUGGUAGCGGCCAUGGCGGCGGGUUCUGGCUCGGGGGUGAAGGGUCUGAUCAAACAGGAGGACUGCUCCUUCCUGCCCAUCGUCCACGACAUCAUCAAGUGCAUGGACAAAGACAGCCAAGAUGUACACCAAGAACUCAAUAAACUGAAAACGAAGCUGCAAGAGACUCGGGAAAUAAUUUUGGCAAUGCCUGGAAUUGACCUCAGUCCUGAGCAGCAGCAUCUUCAGCUUCAGAAUUUGCGAGACCAGGUUCGCACAAAGAAUGAACUUUUGCAGAAGUACAAGAGUCUGUGCAUGUUUGACAUCCCCAAAACAUAGGAAAUAGCCAGCCGCCAGCAACAAGGAAUAUUUCCACUGUUGGUUUUUUUUUGCUGCUCAGUUCAUGACUACAAAAGUGUAGACAAGACUGUAUGCUUAAUAAUGGUUUAUUGAGUAUACCUUUUUUAAAAUUAUAAGCCUGUUGUUUAAUUUAGUACAAGGCCCAUUUAUCAGAAUGUUUGUCUGUAGUUUUUCUAGUCACCAGAUCAUCCGAUUAUACACAAAUGCAUUUGUUCAGUAAAUACUUACUACUGGUAAGGCUUCAAAGAGUUAUCAGAGAUAAUGGGAACUGCAGAUGCUGGAGAUUCCAAGAUAAUAAAAUGUGAGGCUGGACGAACACAGCAGGCCAAGCAGCAUCUCAGGAGCACAAAAGCUGACGUUUCGGGCCUAGACCCUUCAUCAGAGUUAUGUUUGAAUUGAAAAAUGUAUUGAUUUGUAAUGUACAUGCAGUGAUAUUGUUUUGGCAAUAAACUAAUAGCCAUUUAGUUAGCUGGUGUAUGAAUUCAAAUUAAGUAUAUUAUUUUGAAGCCAAGAACUGGAAUAUAGAAGGCCAUUAGUCCAUUUGGUGUCACCACACUCCCAUUUUUGAUAGGUUCAAAGUUGUAUAAACAUGUGUCUUGAGAAACACUAAAAGAAAAACUGUCUUAUGCUUCCAAAACUGGAUGUUACGAAAGUGGUUUUAUCACUUAAAAUUGAUAAACAAGUAACUAAUUCAAGAACAGCUUAUUGGUGUUGAAGUUUGACUCCGAGCUGUGUACUCGGAGUAUAUGCUAAAUGUUGUUUAAAGCAUAGUAAAGUGUGGGUGUAAUGUAUAUUUUCUAUUAAUGAUUAAAAUAGGCUUCCAGUCCCAUUCAUGGUUUUCAGUAAAGCUUAUUUUGAUAGUGUUUGCAUGUCUGAAGCUGUAGCUAUUACCUAUUUGCUGUUAGGUUUCACUUAAGACAUCUCUCUUCUGAGUAGUGUGAUACAGUUUCUCUCCAUUACAAAUAGAAUAUAGUACAAACAUAUUAACCAUAAGAGAACCCUCUAAUUUUGUAUAAAGGGAGAACAUUAGGCCCUCUCGUAUUUUAGUACUUCAUACUAUGUUAAUUGUACCUGUCUUUUCCCCUUCGUAUACCCAGACUAUUGGAAAUGUGUAAAUUUAGAACACUUUUUAAAGCCUUGAGAGACUUGUGAAAAAACUAAAUUGUAUUUUGAAUUUAUAAAUCUACAUUUUUCAAUACAUAAUUUGAGUAGUGAUGUUUUAGAUAUUAACCUUAUUUCAGUGAUAAUACUUUUUGUCUUGUCAGAAAGCUCAAGUCUUACUCCAAGUAUUUAGUCUUAUGCAGUUACUAUUGCCGUUUUGGGGGAACACUCAUUGUGGAAAUUUUUUUGGAUGAGGUUAUUAAGCAUCCAUGCUUUUGCUUCCAAACAUUUCUCAAAAUAGUGGGGUUUUCAAUUGUCAAUCUAUGUUCCCAGACAAUAGACAGUAACCUUAUAAUAACCACUAACAAUAAUUAACACACUUAACAGCAACACAUGGUAAAUCCUUGAAUGAAGAGGUGAUUAAUACCGGUUUCAAUCUCAGUGCUAGGGUUCAUCAGACCUAUCUCGCUGAGCACUGUUGUUUUGCUACUGUUUCAACAUUGCAAUAUUCCUGGAUGACUGUGAUCUUUUAUCCUGUGUUUUCAACUCCCCAGUGUAGUUUCUGUCCUGAAUGAGCUAUGUAUCAGUGAUUAGGUUAAAGGUGUUCAUAUUUCAUAAGCAUAAAUUUCCAAUAAACUGUUAAUCUCA